AAAUUCCUCAUCUUUAAUUCGUUGAUAGAAAAGAUAAUCAGCCAAUCGUUAUACUAAUCGCCAAUAUCACAAACAUAAUUCAUUUAGGAAUCUUUUCGCCUCUUAAUGCAACAUCAAAGUCCUAUUAAAAAUACAUUAUGUUACAUAUACGUUUGCAAGAACGAAAAUGGAGCGACUUGAUCAAAAUUACCUUAUCUUUGUCAAUUUUAAACUUUAUGGGCUAAAAGAUUUCUUACUAAAGCAUAAAACAUCGCCCACUAUCAUCUACUAUUAUUUAUUGUCAAAAUCUUUGGAGGAUUCGUCGCAAUGUAAAGAUUAAUAGAUUAAUUCGUAUUCGAAGAUAGAGACGAUACAUCUAGCAGCAAUGAUCAGCGGUUUAACAAAGUUUUGUAAUACGAAGAUUAGGGGAAGAUCCGCAAAUUCGAUACGAAUACUAAAGCUUUUCAUAUGUCGGAUUAGCUUAUUAAGAAAUCAAUGGCGGAUAUGUAAAAUUGCGGUACUAAUCUCCACGAUAAGUACAUCAGUUUUUCACGAUUCACAUUGCGUUGAUCCAAGUUCCAUGGUUGAUGGUGUGUAGUAUAGAUGUAUCGCGUUACAUCAGAGGCAAAGCUUUCCGAGAGCGAAUCUUUAGUUGUUCCGCGAUCUUCCACCAAAACGGAGCUUCGUCGAGUAAUAAAUCCAUCGAUCAGUUUCUAACUAGAAAUCGGAAUGUUUCUAACAAUGUACAUCGCGUCGUAUAACAAGUAACAUUUCUUUUAUUCUCAUCUUUAUCUUCUCAUAGCCUUUCGUCCUGGUGAAUAUCAAAUACCUACGUAAAAACCUGCAGAUUGUAGUAAAUAUUAAUGUAUUUUUUAUACAUCUUGAUAAUAAUCUUUGCCGAUCGAUCGAGGAUUUUAGGACAGUAUCUGGUGUUACGCGAAAAGCACGGUUUCUCGGUUUAUCGCUUCGUGGCGAUUCCCGAGCAUUUCAAAACUCGGGAACAGCGUGUAUCGAGUUAGUCGUUGAAAGUAAAGCUGUCGAUUCUUUUCCACGAACAAUCGCGAAUCACUUCACGAUCGACGACUUGGAAGCUCUAGGAUAAUUCCUGUGCCUAGUUACACCAAGUAAACAAUUGCUCGACGUUCCUUCUUCUUCACUUAGAACUCAUUUUUACUAAGUUGGUGUAAAGUGGAUUUUCUUUAAAAUCGACUAGUUCGAAAUGGAUGUGCGACGAAGAAAAUUGAGAAUUUACUUUUGGUGUUUGAAAACGAAAUUCUCAAUGCAAAUAACGUUUAUAUUUAAACGUAAAAGCGUGUCGCAGUAACAACUAAUGUUGAUUUGUUCGAUCGGUGGCUCGGUUUUACUCGUUAUUCACUCGUUCGUGCAAUACCUGUUUUCCAGAUCAAAUAACAGCGGUGUUUCAUGUUGAACGACGAAUAAAAUGCGAUGAAUGAAAGUGGCAUGGGACUGACUCUGCCGAUGAUGCUUGUGAAUGGAUCCCAGUGGCGAUUAGCUCUUAACGCUUUCGUUUCAACGAAAAAUUAACAAAUCUCCGUUGAAAUCAAUGAAACAUUCUUCCUUUGUUUACGCAAAGACAAAUGCUCAAAUAUUAGUAGCGGCAGUGGUAAAUAAAGAAUCUGUGUAAACAGCAAUUUCAAGAAAGACCGACUACCAUCGACAAAUUUCCAAUUCGCUGAUGACUCGAUCCAGUUACCCGUCAAAUUGUGCAAUGUGCUUUAUCGUUGGUACAAUAUGAGAAAAAGGAUUGUGCUCGAAAAACCCAGUGAAACAACAAACACCGAUUGUGAUCCGUGUUACGAGGAUCCAUCGUGGUUCUUAAUGGAAUAGCUUCUUAAAAUGCCACAGUACGACGACAGCUUCCUCGACUCGCCGAUCUUCCGGCGACGCACACGUAGCUAUGCGGUGCAGAAGGGGUUCGUGCCGAAGUCGAAGAGCUUCAUCACUGCCACGCCUCUGCUGUUGGCCGUGACCAAUCACGCCAAGACCCUUUCCGGUUCCAUAUCGACCUGCAGCUUGAAAGAAGUCGAGGAACGCUCCAGCGGGAAGGCGCGUGGUGGUAAACUAGCGCGUCGUGCGCGCUCCUUCAAGGAGGACUUCCUGGAGAAGCUCUCCCACAUGCGUUCUCCUGGUAGCGGAAGCGGAGGUGGAGGCAGUGGAGCGGCUACGAGGGCCGCCUCGCCCUCCUCGCCGCGAACACCGCGUGAUAAAAGCGCGCCCGGUUGCACCGAUGGCGCGACCACCCUCGACAAGAAUCCCCUCCGCGACCUGCAUAUCCACGUGCGACAGGUGCAACUGGCACUGCUUCACUUCCGAGACGUCGUGUCAAAGAAAAAGCUCGAGAUGUUGCCCGGCAACGGCACCAUCGUCCUCGAUACUGUUACCACCAUACACACUGUGCUGAAGUCCUAUCUCCUCUACGAGAACAGCUCUACUCUGGGAUCAGCGACGAACCAAGUGUAUCAAGCUCUAGCACAAUUAUUAAAACUCUGUGACGACGUGUUGCUGCACGGUGACCAGUCCUCUGCGCUGGAUAACGAGAACGUUACACACAUCAUAGGAUUAGUGGAAGAAGCUGUGAAAAACUUGGUUGCCCUGGCGAACGAGAAGAUUGCCAAUAGACAGAAACCUGUCGUCGCUACAGCUAGUAAUAGAACGUCGUCUUAUGGAUCGGAAAUGACGCCGCAAAGAAAUUCUUUGCCUGAUAUUCCGUUAACGCCAAGGGAAAGGCAGAUUUUAGAGCAAACAGCUGCGACUACUAGUUUGGUCCGUAGUUCGCAUAGUUCAGAGUCGAUUUUAAGGGAUUCUAGUCCACCCCCAAAACCGCCACUUCCCGAGAGAACUAAUAUGUGUCUGUCGGAAGAAAAUAGUUCUUCCGGUACACCGCCACCAUUGCCACCGAAACGGAGAACGAGAGGUCAACAGUUGCUCGAUGAAUCCGAAGGUUUUUUAGCGUCUAGUCUCGACGGUGUUUCCCUACGAAGUCGAUCUCCGGAGGAUUCGUCGUCUCUUUUGAGCGCGUCGGCUGGCAGUUUGGAUUCGGCCUUGAACCAUUCCCGUGACGAAGAUGAAAUACGGGCGAUCAUGGGACCAAACGACGAGUCUCUGAACGACAGUAUGGAUCUCAGCCUGAUGGCUACUAUCCAAGGUAUGCAAGUUAAUGGUAGUUCAAACUGUAGUUGCUGGGACGGUUCCGAAACAAACAUACCAAGUACAAUGUUAUUGGGUCAACAAACUCCGCAAGAAAUGCUUAAUCCAUUUACCGGUAUAGAAGGAAAAAUGGAACGAUUAUCGACUCAAACGCAGGAAUCCGGUUUCGUAUCCAUGCAUUCGCAACGAAGUUCGUCUCAAAGUUAUACUACCUCCAGUAUAACGUCCAAAAGAUCUUCUCAGCAAAGCAGUAUUAGUUACAAUUCCCAAACGUUUAAUUCGCAACAAUCGUUUUCCCAAACAAAACUGUCUUCGGAUAAUAACGGGUCUAUUUUCACUCAGAAGACAAUGACUAGUACGAAGAGUACCGUUAGUACAACAAACAUUUCCGGAACUGGAGAUCCUGCUGUAUUAGAAAAAUUGGUAAAUGAAAUGGAGUCGAUUUCUGCAUCGGACGCUAACGGUGUGCCGCCAGCGUUGCCGGAAAAACGAUCGAAACGGAGGAAAGAACGUCAACCGUCACAGUACGACAAUGUACCUGAAAAUGAGCAUUUAUCAACCUGUAGUUUACAUACUAAUAACGGCGAUAAUACAGAUACCAGUAAACCCCCUCCACUGCCGCUUAAGAAAAGGCAUAUGUUCCAAUCAGUGGCAUAUUCUGUCAUGGCAUACAUGGAGAUGUUUGGGAAUUGUUCUCACAGCAACAACGAUUUCAUCUCUGGUCUUGGGACCCGUCAUUCAGUGGCAGCUUAUAAUUCGAUGCAAGCGGAAUGGCAACAACACGAAAUGGCUCUUACUACGACACAAUCGUGCUCUUUCAUGGCGCAUACUAUAACUACAUUACAUGACAACUCAAAUACCUCCAUAACUAUGGCACCAUCAGUAGCGGAAGUAACGAAUAAUUCUAGUCUCCCACCAGCAUUACCACCAAAGAGAUCCCGUUCCAUUAAAUCAAAUGCAACGCCACCGCCAAUUUCGCCAAAACCCACCAUUAGUAUGCAAAGUAUACAUACAAUCGAACCAAUCGUUACGUCAACACCAAUGAAAGUAGAGGAAUCUGGUUGUAUUCAUGAUAAAAAGGAGUUAUCACCUUUGUCUCCAGCGAAGUUGAAUAACGUUGCCUUGGACACUAUAUUACCGUCCUCAAGACCUGCGAGUAAUGCCUUAUCGUCGAUUUCCGUCGAUGAUAAUAACUUGGACUUGAGAGACGUCGAUCAGGACGAUACUAUUUUGGAUGAACUCGAUAUCAGCAAGUAUUUAGUCUUCAAGAAACCAGACGAAGAAGGGCCAGAUAUAAGGGGUGGUCACCCGGAUGCAUUGUUAAUUCAUGCAACCAAAGCUAAUAAACAUGACUUUUUGUAUCAAGAGGCGUUUCUAACAACAUAUAGAACAUUCAUGCAACCAUUGGAGUUAAUUCAAAAAUUACACAAACGUCAUCAGCGAUUCUCUUGUUCUGCUGACGUUAUUAAACAAAGAGCAGCUCGUGAAGCAUUUUCCUUGUUGGUCAGAGUUGUCAGCGAUUUAACCAUGUCGGAUCUCGAUGAUACCCUCUUGCAAACUCUAAUGGAAUUUGUACAGCAAUUGGUAUGUAGCGGUGAUCUUACUAUGGCAAAAGCUUUGCGUGUUAAAAUUUUGGAAAAACACGCGGCGAAGCAGUUGCAAUCUACACAACCGAUUCUAUCUUCGUUGAGCGUGACAACAAAGCAAGCUUCCCUUCUCGAUUUCAAGAGUGAACAAAUUGCAGAACAAAUGACAUUGUUAGAUGCUGAUUUAUUCAUGAAGAUUGAAAUUCCGGAAGUACUAAUUUGGGCUCAAGAACAGAAUGAAGAACGAAGUCCGAAUCUAACUAGAUUCACAGAACACUUUAACAAAAUGUCGUACUGGGCUAGAUCGAGAAUACUGGAACAUAGAUUAGAGAAUGAAGCGAAAGAUAGAGAGAAAUACGUUGUUAAAUUUAUCAAGAUAAUGAAGCACCUUAGAAAAAUAAACAAUUUUAAUAGCUACUUAGCCUUGCUUUCUGCGUUGGAUAGCGCUCCAAUUAGAAGGCUCGAAUGGCAGAAACAUAUUACAGAAGGUUUAAAAGAAUAUUGCGCUCUUAUUGAUAGUUCCAGUAGUUUCAGAGCUUACAGGCAAGCUCUGGCAGAAACACAACCGCCAUGCAUUCCGUACAUCGGACUUGUGUUACAAGAUCUUACAUUCGUGCAUAUUGGAAACAAUGAUUUAUUACCGGAUGGUACGAUAAAUUUUUCGAAAAGAUGGCAACAGUUUAAUAUCGUUGAAAACAUGAAAAGGUUCAAAAAAGGAACAUAUUCGUUCAAGAAACACGAACGUAUAAUAACGUUCUUCAAUAAUUUUAGCGAUUUCCUCUGUGAGGAAGCAAUGUGGCAAAUUUCCGAGAGUAUCAAGCCGCGCGGUGGAAAAAAAACACAGUCACAGAACUAGAAUAUAUCAAACCCUUUCACCGCCUGCGUCUCAAAAUCGAAAGGCUGAAUCAGUAAAUUAGAAUGUCUGUAAUUGUGAUGUUUAGGUAAAUUUACCUAAUUACGAGCCGAAUAAAAAUGAUGCAACGCUUUAAGGACGGUGAAAGGGUUAGCUAUGUCUGUUCCGCUUCAACAACCUCUGUGAGGUUGUAACUCAUUUUAUGGAAUAUUCAGUCUCUAUUGAAAAGUAAAACAGAAAAAAGAAUGCGUAUAGUCAGUCAUUUAGAUCAAAUUGAGAUUUGAUGCGUGCGUGCGUGUAUGUGUAUGUGUGUGUGUGUGUGUUUGUUUGUUUGUUUGUUUGUUUGUUUGUUCUUGUUUUGUUUAAAAAUAUGAAUUGCGUGCACGGAUAUCGAUUGAAUCGAAAUACGUAUAGAGAGACUUUAAUGAAUUGGCUAGAUCAAUCAUGUCUCAAUGUAUUUUUGCAAUUUUUUCCUUUUUGCUAUAAGGUUAGUAAGGGAGAAAAUCAUGUUUACUAUGGAUCUAUGCAAUGUAUACUUAAACGAUAGACAGCUGUAAUGAUGCUUAACAUGGCAUGAUGGAAAGAGCAAUCUCCUCUAUCUAUCUCUCCCUUCCUCUCUCUCCCUCCUUCUCCCCUUUCCACUCUCCCACACACACGCAUGCACUAGCUCUUCUAUAGAAAUAUAUAUAUAUAUAUAUAUAUAUAUAUAUAUAUAUAUAUAUAUAUAAGCUAUUUAUUUAUUUGCUUUAUAUCGGCGAAUAGCGAUAUGUAAAAAGUAGUAAAUGUCAUACAUUUCUUUUUAAAUUUAUUUAGAUAUAUAUGUAAACGUCCAUCAUAUAGAUCUGUUAUAGAUAGGCAAACUUAUCAAGCGUCGACAGAGAUACAUUUGUUGACUUCGCAAGGAAAAAACACCAAUUACGUUGAUUAAUGUAAAACAAUUAUAGUCUCAGAUCAGUGCAGAAAUGAUGCGCUUUUCCGAACACGUGGCACGACUGAGCGUAACUGUUACAUAUACUAUUGUAUAUGAUUCUAGGAAACAUUUUUUGUUGGAAACUCGUUAAUAGAUAUCCAAGAUUUCAGCUUUAAGACAAAUGGUUAUCUAAAAGUGCGUAGAUAAAUUAAGUGUAAAAAAAAGCCCACGAUUAGACGAAUUGGAUUGAGAUAUCAUUCACAUUGCCCUUGUACUUUCGCCGAUAAUUCUAAAUACCUUUGAUAUCUUUUAUUAUCAGAUUCCAUUACUAGUUUCUCUGCGUUUAUAUUUUUCAGCAUUGCUAAUGAGAGUUUCCCUCAGGAUACAUUCCGAUGGAGUAAAAGAAAAUUAUUCGAUCAAUUUUAUCAAGAUAGAAGAAACAUACUACUGGGUCCUACAAUUUUCUUAUUCUUUGUUAAACGCGUCGAAUUUUAAUACGUGCAUCGAGUUUAUUUGAUUUCUUAAGAUAAAUGAUACCACUGUAAUGAUUUAUGGCUGUCUGCGUGCCUCAUAUUAUAGAAUGAAUGAAUUACGUCUAUUAACGUUUCUCCGGUCUCACGUUUAAUAAUAUAAAUAUCUUGUAUGCAUAAUUCAUGAACAAAACCAGAAUAAUCGGGCUUGAGAGAUCUGAAAAAGAAAAAAAGGAAAGAAAGAGGAGAGAUGUCACCAGUACGUUAACGCGAUAUACGUACAAUGGUACAGAUCGUACACUUUUAUCCACGUUAAAAAGAGGGCCUAAGCAAUUGAUGAGUAGCAUCGGUUUAUAAACACACACAUGCCGUUAAUUAAAAUUUACCGAUAUAGAACACCGAGGAAGUAAAAGGUAAACAAGCCAUAAUUUAGUCUCAAGGUCUAGUUAGAGGUUAACUAUUGUAUACAUACUUAUAUAAAUUUGAUAAACGGUUGUCAAUUUCUAACACGUGCAUCAAACACACGCACGCGCGCGCGCGCGCGCGCUUACACACACGCGCGCACACACACACACACAAAUUAUAUACAUACAUACAUACGUCGUACACACGUAAUAUAGUUUUCAAUUGAACUGUAAAGGAAGAAUAAUAGACGUAAAAGACUCUGUUUCCAUAAAAAUAGAUGCAUCCCGUUUAUCGCAGCUGUAAACAUUUUGAAAGACGCAAACAAGGACAAAGGUUAGUACUGGUUAUGAACUUUUAGACAAGCAUAUAUCCCCCUAUAAGCCAAUAGUUCACAAAUAACGAUAAUCAUACGUGAUUGAGUAUGCAAGUGUGUUUGAAGACAACCACUUUUAUUUAAUAAGUUGGUACGUAUAAAAAUGGUUCGUCUAAUGUAAAGCUAAGAAAAUGUUAUUAACAUUGUAUGUAAAUAGUUUGUGAUUGUAUUCAUAAUUUCUUGUAUGUAUGCGAGUGCCCAUUUAUAACUCAUACAAAUGCGCGCGCGCUCAGCAUAUUAUCUUUAUAUUAUCUUUACGCACGAUGUAAUUAAUCUUAUAUACUUUUUAAAUUAUGAUCGAAGUCAUUGUGAUGCCAUUUUACAUUCUCACAUACAUAAUAGCGGGCACAUUAUCUGUAUAUUUUUUUCAUUUCAGUUAGUUUAAGCCACGCAACGAACAGAUAUACAUAAAUUCUUCAUAACAGAAGAAAUAAAUUAAAAAAAGUUACUACAGUGGAUUCCGCUUAUUUGAGCCACCGGUUAACUAAGGUAGCCGUUUAUUUGAAACGAAGCUGAAAGUAUAGAACCUGACCGAAUAAAUAAAAACCAUUUGUAGAUAGUCCUAAUUUUCUUCGCAUAAUUUCAUUAAUUGAAGCAGCAGCGUGUUUGGUUUUUUUUGGGACAGAUGACUGCAGUAGUCUAUGAGAAAGAGAAGAUAGCAAGCGGGACGGCGCGACAUAGGGGCAAAUAAGACUACCAUUUCCUUUCUUUUCCUCAUCGUCGCGUGGCUAUAUCUUAUUUGUAACGUAAUAUUUUCGAUCAGAACGAUUGCUUAUCUGUAUGAUUGCAUUCGGUGUAUUAGAUGUAACCAAUUAGAUCCGCAUUCCUUUGCCUUAUUAUCUUUUUACACACGCUUUACUUAUGUAUCGCAUUUCUCUUUCGUUUCCGCUCGCUGUAACUUUGUCUUCUGAAAAUAUUCUCAUCAUUUUUUGUUAUCAUAACUAUCUACGUAAUUCUGUAUUGACCUAUGUGAUACUUGGCAUAAUUGAGACAUCCGUUUAACCGGGCUAACGCUAGUACCGAUGUGUCCUGAAUAACCGAAAUCCACUGUAUUUGUAACUUAAAAUUUUAUUCGCAGAACACUAAGACAAAAUAUUAGAGAUCGACUUGUGAUACUUAUCCAUUUACAUGCCAUAAAAAGUGAAAGUAAAUGUAUAUAAAUACACGUACAUAUAUCUUUAAUAACAAAGCCAAAUUUAUCGAUUUUUAUUUAUAUUAUAAAAUAAACUAUAAUUUUUUUGAUGUAACGAGGAAUUUGUGUAUGCUGCAUAAUUUUACAUUGCAUAAUUUUAAGGUGUCUGGUGUCAUGUUCAACAUUGAUUUUCUUUGUAGUUUUCUUUUAUACGUAGAAUCAUUGCCAUUCUCCCCCCCCCCCCCCCCGUCAAAUUCAUUACAUUAUUUCCUUUAUGCAUCACAUCUACAUCUCCUCGAUGUCUGCUGCUAUUACAUAUUUGUACAUAUAUUUCGAAUCGCUUCUAUACUCUCUGAGAUUUCGUUAACAGUUGUUUUACCGAAACAUUUCAUGCGGAAGUGUAUUUAUAAAUGUAUAAUGUGACUAUAUCGAUCGCCUUUGUCUCUAUUUUCUAUUAUACGUUUCUUCGAUUUACUGCUAGCGAAAUUCUCAUGCAAGUUUCGCGUAGGCGUACAUAUACAUAUGCAUAUGUACAUACAAUUUAAGGAUAAACGCUACAAAAUCAUGAGUGAGAUAAAAACAGUGAAUAUGCAACGAAAAACUUAGACUCGAUCGGUUAAUUAGAUAAAGGAACUAGACUAAUUCAUAGUAGGUGGACAAACUGCGAGAAAAAUUAAUUAAUUUGAUAAAAAUAGAUUGAUAAUAAGAUAUUUUUGAAGUUCAUUUAUUUUAUACUUUAUAGUACAACAAUAUUAAUUACUAGUUAAAAGAAUGAAUAUCCGUAUAUAUCUAUAGUUGGACAAAUUCUAAUAUCGUGGUCCAUUUUUUGUGCUCGGAAAUUCUAUAACAAUCAUUAAAGUACAUAAAUAUUUGCUUUGUGAGAACAUAUUGAAUCUAUAUUUUAUUCGCCAAAAAAUUCAUAUAAUAAUUCUAUUAAGUAUACAUAUAUUAUUAAAAUGGAUUACUAUGAAUUAAAUGGCAAACAAAAAUAUAGGAAUAUUGAAAAUUAAUUUUUAUUAUUUAUCCUUCCUUUAACUGCUUAGAUUUACACUCACUUUACUUAUAAACUGUCGUAUAACUUUAGAAUUAAAAGUAUGGGCAGGACAACGAGUAGGACACUUUAAUCGUGUGACACUUUAAUCCGAAGUUUAUGCUUCAAGGAUUACGAUGGUGGUGGUCCAGAUUGUCGGAAACUCGUAGUUUCCAAGAUUUUCAAGAGUGUUUUCGAGAAUAUUGCAUUAGGUAUGGGUUAUUCCUUGGGGCCACCGUGACCGUGAGGCGGCCAGUUACGUAGACACAAGUCGAUCGCCGAGCGUCGAGCGAAGCAGUUAUCGCGUCGACUACGUUGUGUACUACUAUUUUAACAUUAAUAUACAUAUUCGUUAAUACGUAUCUCGAAAGCUGCUGCGGUUUUUUUAGCAACUCGAACUAUCACCGUUGUAAUCCUUCAAGCACAAGCUUCUAUUCAUUGACCCAAUAACUAAAGGGAAGCUAAAGUGUUAUGUUACUUCAGAUCUCUAAUUUAUUUAGAAUUAUUGAAUUCCUUUUACAUAUUUUCAUUCUAUGGUCCUAAUCUUGUACUACAUGAAAUCCUAUAAUGGUAUGAUUAUAUAAACUACUCGAUGAUUACGCAAUAAACAAGCAAAUGAAAAAUUUAAUUGCCGAUAUAUACGAAGACACGAGAAUUUAUGUAUGCGAUUAGUGCUUCAAUGAUUGUUAUCACGCCAAAUCUAUCUUAUUAUCAAUAAUAUUAGUUAUACGUAGAACUAAUAGAUUAAUGUUUACGGCCGUAUUCUUUCGACUUUGACUAUGGACUAGCAUAGGCAGAAACGUAGAACCGUGCUUUUCCAUCUUUCGCUAAACUAUCUUUUGCCAUUAUCUUGCAAAAAAAGAAAACAAAAGAAGAAAAGAAAAGAGAAGAAAGAAAAAAGAAUGGAAAAGAAAUAAAAGAAAAGAAAAAGAAAAAA